CUCCUGACUUCCCGAACAAUAAAUGGCCGUGAGCCGACGGAGAUCAGCGGUGGAGGCGAGUUUGUUUUAUUUUCAGCUAGGCUGCUCAAAGUGCUGCCUCCAUGCUCACAUAGAGGGGAAAACGGGGCCAAAGGCGCGCUUCAUCCUCUCCCACAGUAACCUACAUUUUAUUUUUUUUUCUAAGGGAGAAUGAGGGAGUCCUGCUGACACCACGGAGAGAUACACGCUCAGACCCACUAUGGCUGUGGACGCGGCGUCCAGCUUCAGUUUUUGCCGUGCCUCCCUGGAGCACACGGUGUCUGCUGAGGAGCUGAGCUACCAGCUGCCGCGUCGGGCCGGAGGCAGCAACCUGACCUGGCAUGAUGGCCGGGGCCAGAAGACACAGCACACACGCACCGUCAAAUUACUGCAACAGCCUGGCACGGAGGGCAUCCAGCUGCAUCCAGGUGAAGCCUUCACAGUCUAUCACACCAGUCCUACACUGUCCUGCCUGUCCAAACCUGUGGUGCUGUGGACUCAGCAGGAUGUGUGCAAGUGGCUGAAGAAACACUGUCCUCACAACUACCUGACCUACGUAGAGGCCUUCUCCCAUCACGCCAUCACAGGACGAGCAUUGCUGCGCCUGAAUGGGGAGAAGCUAGAGCGGAUGGGAAUUGUGCAGGACUCUCUGAGGCAGGAAGUCCUCCAACAAGUCCUUCAGCUGCAGGUCAGAGAAGAGGUUCGUAACCUGCAGCUCCUAAGCAGAACCUCCUUUGGAAAUUUCUCUUAGCUCAUCCCAGGACGUGUCUGGCAGUGCUUUCUCUCGUCUCCUGUCACAAUACAUCUCCAGGAGCUGCGGAAGAGCUGCUAUCUCCAUAUAUGUGAGCGGUGAAUCAACGAGUGAAAGCGGGGGAAGGGCAAGCCUAUAGACUGUAUGCCAACUGGUCUUGAGGAUUCUCAUUCAGUCCAGCCAAUCUGCUUUACUGGCACCCUAACAGAGACAAAGGACCGUUCAAAGCAGGGAGACACUCUCUAUCAUGAUGCAAUGAAAGAUUCACUGUUCUAGUGAUGAUCCAGACCCAACACUUGUGUAAUCAUUGCAAAUGUCCCUAUUGAUCCGUGUUGCAUUUGGAUCGAACCAACUGGACAGUUCUGACAGAAAUAUGGGUUUUCUAUAUUUAAGAUUUUGGCAAAUUGGAUGCACAGAGAUCCACUCUCAUCUAAUUAAAUUGAUAGUUCUCUGGAGCAGUUUGGAGUAGUCAGAGUCCGGGUCAGGGCGUGUCUGGUUAAAAAGCUAAUUUUCACGAUUUUUAAAGAAUUUUGAACUAAAUAAACCUCUUUGUAAGGCUUUAACAUACAUCUCUGUGUCAGUAUGAUAGCCAUUUAGGUCUCAUUAAUGUGUCUGUCCCUGUAAUCAUGUUUAUGGUUGUUUUAAACUAAACAUUCAUCUUACAGAUAUGCAGUUUCAAAGCAGUCUAUUAAAAAGAGAAGGAAAAAAAAUGUGUAAUGAAAGAAUUAAGAGAUUUCUCACCAGGAUAUUAAAACAAUUUUAAAUACCUUUGCUUCUGAGAAAUACUUCAUCCAAGCAUGGAAGACUGCAGCCUCUACACUUCCUGUUUCUUUUAUAAAAACAAACAGGUGUUUUUGUUGUUUCUGUUUUCUUCGGUUUCUUUCUGACUCUAGCUUUUCAUGUCUUUGUGUCGCCAUUUUAAUGUCGCCGGCAUUUAUUUAAAUACUAUGUAAGUAUAUGGUUAUGUGCUCUAAAAUACAGAUUGUCCUCCACGGAAAACUUGGUUAACUUACCACUUCCUGUUGAACAACCUUGAAGAGUAAUGGCACAGUUAAAGAAUUAAGAGCUGCUUUAAGUAACCACAGUCUCAUGAAAGUUCAUGUUAUUGAUAUUUACUUUUUUGUUCUGUUUAGUAACGAGGUUUAGAACAAAUAUGACAAGAGGUAUUGGAGGUAUAACUGAUUACUCCAAAGUACUCCAAAGAACUGCAUAGAAAAAUUGGAUCUAUCCCUUUAAGAUUACUAAGCCUAUGAUUAAUUUACAUGUUUUCUGUCAGGAUUCCUUAAAUCCUGGUGUGAAUAUUUUAUGUUAAAGUAAGGCUUCUAAUAUGUAAGUAUUUAAAUUUAAAACCUUGGGAUAAAUGUUAUUUCCAAAAUAACCUUUCUUUUUAUUGUGACUUCACAGCUAAAUAUUAUUCAAACAAAUUGACCUUUCUAUAACUGAGUGUAGUAGAGUGACAUACACUUUAAUUUGUGUAUUUGUGGUUUAUUGAUGGUUGAAACGACGGCCUUCUGGAGUCAACAAAGGCUCAGUGACCGCUUAGGCUUGAUAAAGCAAUCAUUUGGGUAGUUACAGCUUAAUAUUAAAGGACAAACAAUUUCUACUGAUGUAGCAGGGUCUGUUGACAGAAAUGUGUGCCACUUUACAAUGUACAUAACCUGACACUUGCAGACACUGUGAAAAAAAGUAUACAGCCCUC